AUAAAAUUACGUCAUAAGGAUUAUUGAAUUUCACUCAUAAAUUUAAAUCCUUUUUAAGGUUGUAUUUAUUCUAAGGUUACCAAAGUUGACUUAGCGUAAUUUCACCUUCAUUGCCUUCAUGCCUUAUCACGCAUUGCUUUUAACGACGCAACAAAUUCAUGUCUUUAGGCAUUUUAUUAUUAAUGACGUCAUUUACAUCCAGCUGAGCGCUUAAAGAAAAGUAAUUGGAAAUAAUGAAUGAAAGAUAAACAGAGUCGGCAUUCGUGGCAUAAAUUGAGACGAAAACAGCGAGGCUCCCAGCAAGAAGACCUGACCAGCAUGAAAGAAGUCGCUGAACAUUUUUUUGAAGGGGUCGAGAAACUUCUCGAAGUAUGGGUCGGCCCAUAUGAUCACAGAAAUCAGAAGAGUGACCUCAGGAACAUUCCCAGGGAGGCGCUCGAUGAGCUGAUGGAGGAUGCCAAGUGCGAGAUCAUCAGCACCCGCUCCAGCAGCCUCGUGGACGCCUACGUUCUCAGUGAGAGCAGCAUGUUCAUAUCGCGCUGCCGGUUCAUCCUGAAAACGUGCGGCACUACAACGCCGCUCAAAUGUAUCCCUCGCCUCCUGGGCCUGGUCAAGCAGCAUACCGGCUUCACGCAGGUGGAGGACAUUUUCUACUCGCGGAAGAAUUUCCGCCAGCCGAGUCUGCAGGACGAGACGCACCGCAGCUUCACGGCCGAGGUGGAGGCUCUGGAGAACAUGUUCCCCACCGGGCAGGCCUACUGCCUGGGCCGCCUGAACGGCGACUGCUGGUACCUGUUCGCGCUGGACCGUCCGUACGCGCUGCUGGGUGGCGGCCGGGUGGGCCCGCUGGCCACCCCGGCGCUGGCCGCGCCGCACCGCCACCAGCCGGACCAGACGCUGGAGGUGGUGAUGACCGACCUGGAGCCAGAGGUGAUGGCGCUCUUCCACCAGAGCCAGUGCGCCACCGCAGCUGAGGCCACCAAGCGCUCCGGCAUCGACCAACUGCUGCCCGGAGUGCGGAUCGAUGACGUGCUGUUCGACCCGUGCGGGUACUCCAUGAACGGCCUCCUGGACAACGGCUGCUACGUGACGAUCCACAUCACGCCCGAGACUGAGUUCAGCUACGUGUCGUUCGAGACCAACAUCCCGCAGUCGUGCUACAAAGACGUCAUCAACCGCGUCGUCGACUGCUUCAAGCCCGGCAAGGUGCUCGUCACCGUCUUCGCCAACAAGUCGUCGGAGGCCAACGAGUUCGCGCGCCAGCUGAAGCUGCCGACGCUGCGCUCUGAGUACCGGCAGCGCGACCUGCAGUACUGCAGCGUGCGCGGCUACGACCUCGUCUACGCGCUGUUCGAGGAGUGGCCCUCCUAGGGACUGGCGCCGCCGGCCCGCCGACGGCACCGCGUCGGCGGACGGCGGCCGCACCGCGCCGCACCGCACUGCGAGCUGAGGAGGGACGCUGGCCGGCGCACACCCGCCACCUGCCGGCGCGUCGACGCUAGCGUGGAUAACAUCUCCUGAGCCGAGUCAAUUAACACGAGUAUGGCUGCGUGGAUGGGACGGCCGCGGCGGGCGGUGCGCGCCGCCGGUCCGCGGCCGUCGGUAGGCUGCAGCGGGCGCCGCCACGUCCGGGCCGCCCGCUGCCCUCAGGUUCACCCCUGUGAUAGUACCGGUCUCCUUCAGGGAUGGGUUGUCGUUGGUCGGCCGUGUACUGUGCUGUGUUGGCUGCGUCCAGAGCUACGUCGGCUCGCUAGUCGCUCCUCAGAUCUCAAUGUGUCGUGUACAAAGCGGUGUCGGCCCGUCUGUCCGCCGCGCGGGCCGUCUUUGUUGGCGCUCCCGUCUCCUUGGUCCUGACACAAUGCUCGUCCUGUGUUCACGCUCUGUAGCCUGUUGUGACCCAAAACCGGCUCAGUUUUGCCCCGCCUUGGCAGACCUUCGGGUACAAGAUAUUAGGAUAUCGUUACUCAGAUACCAGGGAAAUUGUCGUUCCUGCUUAAAUCCCCCAUUUUCUUUAAUAUGUUCUCAAAAACAAAAUUAACGGGAUUCGAAUGUUAAUAGAGUUUUUGGGGUGAAUUUUUCACUGCCUUGCUUUGUAUGCAUCUGCUAAGAAACAAAACGUUUUUUUUAUUUAUCGGGGCAGCUUUUACCAGGUGCACUUAACAUUAACAAUUGCUUAACAGUUAAUAUGCCUUAUUGCUAUAGAUGCAGAUCCAGAAGGGUAACCGUUCGGGAGAUAUGUUGCAUGUGCUUUUAGCGUGCAUGAACGGGUAGGUCUUGUAAACGUUUAGAAGGGCUAUGUUUUGCCAUAAUUCAUCAGUAAAGGGAAUGUUAGCUGUUGACAGUUCUCGUGUUUUUCCCCUAUUCUUGACGAAUGCUAGAAAGAGAACUGCUGAUGUUUUCCUUGAUAUUGUUGUUCUUAAUCCUCUGGCUGGACAACAUAGGACACGUUCGUAGGUACCACUUUUUCUUGCUCCAGUUUGGGAGCGGCCAGACCCCUUACUUCAGCAGUUUGUGGUUCAUGCGUCUUCUCAUAGAAGUACCCUUGUGCUGUUAAACGCUGAUUUUGUUUAUAUUGUAUGCAGGCAUUAACUAGAAGCUCUAAAUAAUUUGGUCUGACCGCGGCUGUCCGGGUUGUUGGUUCAGGAAGGGUCGGAGUACAGGGGAGUACUAACUUUUCGUGGUGUAAAUAGGGAAAUUUGGUUAAUAUGCAAUUUACGAGGUUUCUGUUUUUUUUCCGAACUUUAGAGAUUCCGGUUUAUAAAAGCCGAGCCGUGGCUGUUGCCUUAUUUCGGAUUUCACUAAUAGUAUGUAGGACGCUCAGUGUGGCAGGGAAAUGCUGCCGCAAUUUAGGGUAUUAUGGACUAACCGUAGCUAUUGUUCCUUAUUCGGAUAGCUCUGCAGUGGUUUAUGGCCGUUUGGUGCUUUAGACUGAAGUGAGACCUCUGUAGUUCAGAUCUGAAGUAGUUUAGGUGAAAGCCAUUUCGAACGUAACAAUUAAUGAUAGUUGAGAUCCGAUUUUGAACACAGCUUUUGUGUUUUGAAAAGUUUCCUUUCGGUGUAUUUUUUCGGUCCAGCACGAUCUAUUCCCAUUUGUUCAGCAUUGAGGCGAAUCUCGAUGGCCUUUUUUGUGUGUAUUAUACUGCAUGCAAACCAGCUAGGUGGCCUAGACUAUUCAUCCUCUUUCUGUACUUUCACUGAGCCAGAAUCUAACAUUAUUAUUAUGUGUUAAAUUGUAGUCCAAAUCAUUUUACGUCUGUUGGUAAUUCUAGAAUGAAUUUUACCACAGGUUGUCGUUGGAUGGCGAAUGUCGAAUUUACGCUGAUUGCACUUCUGACAGCCCUCUUCAAACCGGAAAUAAACAGCAUCCUGAAAAA